AUGUGGGCCUGCGGGCCGCUCCAAGAAGCCAGGGGGCCCACCUCCAGGAGGCCAUGGGGCCCACCUCCAGGAGGCCAUGGGGGCCCACCUCCAGGAGGCCAUGGGGGCCCACCUCCAGGAGGCCAUGGGGGCCCACCUCCAGGAGGCCAUGGGGGCCACCUCCAGGAGGCCAUGGGGGCCCACCUCCAGGAGGCCAUGGGGGCCCACCUCCAGGAGGCCAUGGGGGCCCACCUCCAGGAGGCCAUGGGGGCCCACCUCCAGGAGGCCAUGGGGGCCCACCUCCAGGAGGCCAUGGGGGCCCACCUCCAGGAGGCCAUGGGGGCCCACCUCCAGGAGGCCAUGGGGGCCCACCUCCAGGAGGCCAUGGGGGCCCACCUCCAGGAGGCCAUGGGGGCCCACCUCCAGGAGGCCAUGGGGGCCCACCUCCAGGAGGCCAUGGGGGCCCACCUCCAGGAGGCCAUGGGGGCCCACCUCCAGGAGGCCAUGGGGGCCCACCUCCAGGAGGCCAUGGGGGCCCACCUCCAGGAGGCCAUGGGGGCCCACCUCCAGGAGGCCAUGGGGGCCCACCUCCAGGAGGCCAUGGGGGCCCACCUCCAGGAGGCCAUGGGGGCCCACCUCCAGGAGGCCAUGGGGGCCCACCUCCAGGAGGCCAUGGGGGCCCACCUCCAGGAGGCCAUGGGGGCCCACCUCCAGGAGGCCAUGGGGGCCCACCUCCAGGAGGCCAUGGGGGCCCACCUCCAGGAGGCCAUGGGGGCCCACCUCCAGGAGGCCAUGGGGGCCCACCUCCAGGAGGCCAUGGGGGCCCACCUCCAGGAGGCCAUGGGGGCCCACCUCCAGGAGGCCAUGGGGGCCCACCUCCAGGAGGCCAUGGGGGCCCACCUCCAGGAGGCCAUGGGGGCCCACCUCCAGGAGGCCAUGGGGGCCCACCUCCAGGAGGCCAUGGGGGCCCACCUCCAGGAGGCCAUGGGGGCCCACCUCCAGGAGGCCAUGGGGGCCCACCUCCAGGAGGCCAUGGGGGCCCACCUCCAGGAGGCCAUGGGGGCCCACCUCCAGGAGGCCAGGGGGGCCCACCUCCAGGAGGCCAUGGGGGCCCACCUCCAGGAGGCCAUGGGGGCCCACCUCCAGGAGGCCAUGGGGGCACAUCUCCAGGAGGCCAUGGGGGUCCACCUCCAGGAGGCCAGCGGGCCACCUCCAGGAGGCCAGCGGGCCACCUCCAGGAGGCCAGCGAGCCACCUCCAGGAGGCCAGCGAGCCACCUCCAGGAGGCCAGCGGGCCACCUCCAGGAGGCCAGCGGGCCACCUCCAGGAGGCCAGCGGGCCACCUCCAGGAGGCCAGCGGGCCACCUCCAGGAGGCCAGCGGGGCACCUCCAGGAGGCCAGCGGGCCACCUCCCGGAGGCCAGCGGGCCACCUCCAGGAGCCCAGCGGGCCACCUCCAGGAGGCCAGCGGGCUACCUCCGGGAGGCCAGAGGGCCACCUCCAGGAGGCCAGCGGGCUACCUCCAGGAGGCCAGCGGGCUACCUCCGGGAGGCCAGCGGGCCACCUCCGGGAGGCCAGCGGGCCACCUCCGGGAGGCCAGAGGGCCACCUCCGGGAGGCCAGAGGGCCACCUCCGGGAGGCCAGAGGGCCACCUCCAGGAGGCCAGAGGGCCACCUCCAGGAGGCCAGCGGGCUACCUCCAGGAGGCCAGAGGGCCACCUCCAGGAGGCCAGCGGGCUACCUCCAGGAGGCCAGAGGGCCACCUCCAGGAGGCCAGAGGGCCACCUCCAGGAGGCCAGAGGGCCACCUCCAGGAGGCCAGAGGGCCACCUCCAGGAGGCCAGAGGGCCACCUCCAGGAGGCCAGAGGGCCACCUCCAGGAGGCCAGAGGGCCACCUCCAGGAGGCCAGAGGGCCACCUCCAGGAGGCCAGAGGGCCACCUCCAGGAGGCCAGCGGGCUACCUCCAGGAGGCCAGCGGGCUACCUCCAGGAGGCCAGAGGGCCACCUCCAGGAGACCAGAGGGCCACCUCCAGGAGGCCAGAGGGCCACCUCCAGGAGGCCAGAGGGCCACCUCCAGGAGGCCAGAGGGCCACCUCCAGGAGGCCAGAGGGCCACCUCCAGGAGGCCAGAGGGCCACCUCCAGGAGGCCAGAGGGCCACCUCCAGGAGGCCAGAGGGCCACCUCCAGGAGGCCAGCGGGCCACCUCCAGGAGUAAUCAGUCUCCUCACACCGACGGUCGUGUUUCAGGGAAAGUUUUCAUCCCUGGAUUAA